CAGCUGCUGAGUGCUGUGAGGAGAGCUCUGGCAAGCUCUGAAGCCCCGACAUGGAUUCACUGACCUAUGAAGAUGUGCAUGUGAACUUCACUCAGGAAGAGUGGGCUUUGCUGGAUCCUUCUCAGAAGAGUCUCUACAUAGAUGUGAUGCUGGAGACCUGCAAGAACUUCACUGCUAUAGGCUUCAUUUGGGAAGGCCACAAUACUGAUGAACAUUGCCAAAGUUCUAGAAGACACGGAAGGCAUGAAAGAGGUCAUACUGGAGAGAAACCCUAUGAAUGUAACCAGUGUGGGAAAGCCUUUGCAUUUCAUAGUUAUCUUCAAAGACAUGAAAAGAUUCAUACUGGAGAGAAACCCUAUGGAUGUGAUCAAUGUGGAAAAGCAUAUUCAGAACUCUGGAUUCUCCAAAAACAUAAAAGAAAACAUACUGGAGAGAAACCCUAUGACUAUAACCAAUAUGGGAAAGCCUUUGCAUUUCAUAGUGAUUUUCAAAGGCAUGAAAAAAAUGAUAGGGGAGAAAAACCCUAUGGAUGUGAUCAGUGUGGUAGAUCCUAUACAGAACUUAAGAGUCUCCAAAUACAUAAGAGAACACAUACCCGAGAUAAACCCUAUGAAUGUAAUCAAUGUGGUAAAACGUUUGCAUUUCAUAGUGACCUUCAAAGGCAUGAGAAAUUUCAUAGUGGAGAGAAACCCUAUAGAUGUGAUCAGUGUGGAAAAGCAUAUUCAAAACUCUGCAAUCUCCAAAAACAUAAAAUAACACAUACUGGAAAGAAACGCUAUGAAUGUAACCAAUGUGGUAAAGCCUUUGCACUCCAUAGUUAUCUUCAAAGGCAUGAAAAAACUCAUACUGGAGAGAAACCCUAUGUAUGUGAUCAAUGUGGUAGAGCCUUUUCACAAAACAUUAAUCUCAGAAUACAUGAAAGAACACAUUCUGGGGAGAAACCCUAUACAUGUAGCCAAUGUGAUAAAGCCUUUGCAUGUAAUAGUUAUCUUCAAAGACAUAAAAAAAGUCAUACUGGAGAGAAACCCUAUGUGUGUGAUCAGUGUGAUAAGGCCUAUACAGAACUCAGGAAUCUCCGAAAACAUAAAAGAACACAUGUUACAGAGAAGCCCUAUGAAUGUAACCAAUGUGGGAAAGCCUUUGCAUUUCAUAGUGAUUUUCAAAGGCAUGAAAAAAAUCAUAGUGGAGAAAAACCCUAUGGAUGUGAUCAGUGUGGAAAAGCCUAUACCGAACUUAAGAGUCUCCAAAUACAUAAGAGAACACAUACCCGAGAGAAGCCCUAUAAAUGUAAUCACUGUGGUAAAACGUUUGCAUUUCACUGUGAUCUUCAAAGGCAUGAGAAAAUUCAUACUGGAGAGAAACCCUAUGGAUGUGAUCAGUGUGGAAAAGCAUAUUCAGAACUCUGGAAGCUCCAAAAACAUAAAAUAGCACAUUCUGAAGAGAAACCCUAUGAAUGUAAUCAGUGUAGCAAAGGCUUUGCAUGUAAUAGUGGUCUUCAAAGGCAUAAAAAGAUUCAUACUGGAGAGAAACCCUAUGGUUGUGACCAAUGUGGUAAAGCUUUUUCACAACUCUGCAAUCUCCAAAAACACCAAAGAACACACACGGUAGAGAAACCCUAUGGAUGUAACCAAUGUGGUAAAGCCUCUGCACAACACAGUCAGCUUAAAAAGCAUGAAAGAAAUCACACUGGGGAGAAACCCUGUGAAUGUAUUUAAUAUGGUGAAACCUUUGCACACUUCUAUAGUCUUCAUCAUCAUGAAGGACUUCAUACUGGAGAGAAACCCUAUGAAUGGAAGCAAUGUGGUAAAACCUUGUCCAUCCCAGUCAUCUCUGAAUGCAGUAAAGAGCACAUCCCUGAGAUAAAUUUUAAAUGCCCUCCAUGCGGUAAAGCCUUUGUGUUACUGGGUCCUCUUAGAUCCAAACCCAACUCCAGGCCCAUGCAGAUGACAAGGAUUUGGUGUAAUCAAGUCACUGCUCAUCUAUCAGGAAUGCAGAACAGACU